CUUUGAAAACCAUCUACCAAAAUACUAGUUUUAAGAGUGUUUGUGCUACUGGGAGAAGUGACUGCUUUAUGGUGAGCAAGGUGUAUGUAGCAAGUAAAGAACAGAAAUCUCUAUUCCUGCGUGGCAGGGGGAAACUAUCCAAAGGCCCUGAUCUUGUAACUCAACCUACACAAGUGGACCCUAUUAACUGGAUGCAGGAUUGGAGCCAAAGUUGCAGAUUGUUGAUCUUGCAGAGAACCUUCCGUGAUGUCCUGGGAGGUGGGAUGGUGCUGGUGCUACAGAGGCACCUGCCUACCUAGUGUGGGCCCCUCAUCUAGGGGUAGUUUGUGUACACACGACAGAUGGAGCCUCCUGUACUGGCUUUCGCUCUUUGGAUAUUUGCCUUUCUUUCUGUUCCUGCGGCUGGUUAUCCAAAUGGAAAAGUAAGAGAGGCCUGCAGUAGUAUGAUGCCUUACCAUGGACAUUCUCCACAGCCAUCCCCUGAGCACACUAUAUCAGUGAAUGAGACCAAAUUUAGACCAGGGGACCAUAUAAAAGUUAGUUUAUCUGGUCCAGUUUUUAAAGGAUUUUUCAUACAAGCCCGGAAUGCAGAGAACUUGACUGGCGCUGCAGUUGGCUCUUUUAUGCUAGCUGAAGAAAGGAUUUCUCAGCUCCUGACAUGUGGACUUGUAAAGAAUUCUGCUGUCAGUCACACAAGUAAAUCGAAAAAGACAAAUGUAGAGGCUUAUUGGGUUGCUCCCACAGAUGCACCAGAACAUGUACAAUUUCUAGCCACAGUUGUAGAGAAGUAUAAAAUCUUUUGGGUGAAGAUUCCUGGUCCCAUUGUUUCCCAACCUAAUGCACCGCCUUUGACAACACCUACAAGUAUUACACCAGACACUCUACCAACUUCACAACCAGUUUUCCGUCUAACAACAUCAUUUAAUGCCUCUAGCUGUGGAAUUACAAAGUUCUGCAUAAGGAAUCCUCCAAAAUGUGAUCCUGGGGCUGCCUAUUGUUUCUUUCUGUCCUUCAAACAAAAUAACCACUUGGUACUUAUUGAAAUGAGUGGUCCUAGUGAAGGAUACAUAGCCUUUGCAUUAUCUCAUGACCAGUGGAUGGGUGACGAUGAUGCAUAUCUGUGUAUUAAUGAAGAUCACCGUAUUAAUAUAAAAACGGCUUAUCUUAGUGGACGAACUCCUCCUGUGUUGGACUCAGAGAAUGGCCUUGAAGAUAUCUCAUGGAGGGUGGCUGAUGGUCUUCUUCAGUGCUCUUUCAGAAGAAACCUUCAUCUUCCUGCUUAUAAAGGGAGGUUUAAUCUAGAUGCUAAUUAUUACAUAUUUCUGGCAGAUGGGGAGGCAAGUGAAGGAGGUCUAAUUCACAAACAUCAUCGUCAGCCUCUGAUCACCAAUGGAAUGUACAAUUUCACAGACUCUCCAAAGGAUGUAGGGGGAUCCCGCUCUCCACUUCUUCUUAAAUUCCAUGCUUCAUUAAUGUUUGUUGCAUGGAUGACUACAGUUAGUAUUGGCGUUAUUGUUGCCAGAUUCUUCAAACCAGUUUGGCCUCAUUCGUUGUUUGGGAAGGAGAUUUGGUUCCAGGUCCAUCGUAUGCUGAUGUUGACAACAGUGCUUCUUACGAGCAUCGCUUUUGUUCUUCCUUUUAUAUACAGAGGAGGCUGGAGUGAAUGGGCAGGAUUUCACCCAUACCUUGGCUGUACCGUGAUGGCUCUGGCAAUCUUUCAACCUCUGAUGGCAGGUUUCAGACCACCUCCUCAUGCACCAAGAAGGCAAGUAUUUAACUGGGUUCACUGGAGUACUGGCACAACAGCUAGAAUACUAGCUGUGGUGACUAUGUUCCUGGGAAUGGACCUACCAGCACUCAACCUUCCAGAUCCAUGGGACACUUAUACAAUGAUUGGAUUUGUAGCUUGGCAUGUCAGUAUCGAUAUUCUCCUGGAGAUACAUAGCUACUGUCUCAUUCGCAAAGUUGAAGUGAUUGAUGAAGAUAGAAUACAAAUUCUUCAGUCACUUACAUCAGCAGAGGCAGAGGGUCAUACAUUUAAAGAGAUGGUAUUAACCAUCUACAUCUGUGGAAAUAUAGCAUUCCUUAUUACCUUCCUGGCAGCAAUCCACCAACUAUGAAUUUCUGGCAAGGACAUUAGAUGUUGAGCAGUUGCAGUGAAAUCAAGAGUGAAGCACCACUCAAGGAAUUUUUACAGAUACCAGUGUUGCCUCAAUAUCUUCCUGAAGUUAUACUUGAAGAAUAAUUGUGUGUGAUGAUAAUCCAUCUGUCUGUGCUCUCAUGAUCAUCAACAGAGAGAAUGUAUGUUUAGAUUCUAAAGACUGAUCCUGCAGUCUGGCCCAAACUCUCUCUUUUUUUUUUUUUUUUUUUUUUAUGGGAGUGUUUUCCGAAUAAGGACUGCAGUAACUUUAUUAACCCAGUAACUUAACUUCUUGUUUUGAAUUGUGUAGACUGAGACGGUAUAAUUAUAACUACUGGUUGGUUUGGGUGGAAAUCACUGUUUUGAACUUUUUGUUGUCAUUCUCUGUACCUACAUGUGCAUUAUUUGGAAUACUGAAUAGACGAGUCCUAAAUCUGCUUGUCAUAUAGUUCAGUUUACCAUGUUGCUUAAUGAAUAAUGUACUGCCUAAAUGGCUCUUAUUUAAAGUAUGUGACGUUUGUAUUGUGCACUCCAAAAAUCUGUGCUCAGAAUGAUUGUCACAAACAGUAGCUGAUGCGUCAAAGACUACAUUACAUUGGCAUAUUUCUCUGCAAUUAAAUGCAAAACCUACAUUUUCUGCUCUAAGAGCAGUUCCAUAUACCACACAAACUGGGCUGAGCUUCAGUCCUGUAACUUUGUCAUUACUUGCAUCAGUCACAAGAUUUAAAAAAAAUCUUUAGAAUAUAAAGAGAAGACUCACUGCAAACUCUUUAUGAGAAACUUUUAGUGAAACUAUGCUGCAAUGUGUCUACAUAGUCAUAGUGUCUUCUGGCCACUUAAGUCAAAAUAUCUCUUCCAUCCCUUUGUGGUUAAACAUGGUACUGUUAGAAAUGUGGAGUUUCCUUGACCUCCUGGUUAACCUGAUAGAAGCUGCUUUCCCACAGCUCUUUUUGAAUUAGCAUGUCCAUCCAACAGGAGAAUGACCUUUUUGCUUCAUGUGCACAGGAAUAUUAGAGACUGUGUGGGGGGAGGGGGGGUUGUGCCUCUCCCUACUUUGAGCAGUAAGGGAUUCCUGUAAGCAAUAUUGGCUAGAUAAAAGCAACUCUCCCCACUUCUUGUUUUAAAUUGUUUGUUUUGGUUUUUGUUUUGUGGGUUUGUCUAGGGGUGGCAGUAGCUCUGCCAACUUUAUAGUCAAAGUGUUCGAUAAGCAGUGUUUUACUAGUGUAUAACUGCAAUAGUACCCCCCUAUGAACCCUGAACAGCUUCCGUUCAUGCUUUAUUCUAGCUCCUGAUGUUUCAAAGCAUAAAGAUCUAGGUAUGUUAUAACAGAAUAUUUUGCUAACCAGGGAAUACCUGACUAGCUGUGAUGGGGUGAGAUCUGGGAUGAAGAAAGAUAUAUGAAACCGGACCUAUCCACCCUCCACUCUCUCUUAGCAAGCAUGAUGUAGCUGUGGCAUUUGUCAUAGAUAGGGAUUAAGUGGUGGCUACCGAUUUUUGUCUCCUGUAUAACCCAUCUGUACACCUUCCAUCGGGUACCUACUAAUGUAGUUGGUUAAAUGAGCAGCUCAGUGGAGGGCUAUGGGCUCAGGCUGUUUAGUUCUGGAGGAGCCAAGAAGAAAAAAAUCUUGAACCAUCUUAACAUGUGUUUCAGCCCCAACUGUUGAUCGGUAACCUCAUGGGCAGCAAUGAUAGCCUUCAUGUGCGUGUAGGAAUGGGAAAGAACCACCACCAGCAGAAAGGAGGGAGUGGGGCAACCAAAAAACAAACAAACAAAAACAAGCAAAAAGAGGAAGUACUUACCAAAAA